GCUACCCCGAGUAAAUUCACGUCCCAGUGAGCGUCCGGAGUCUCUUCCCUGUGAACUGAGUCGCCCUGAGGCAGGUCCUGGCCCCCGUCUUUCUCCCACAGGGUAUGCUGUUCCGAGAGACAGUCAGCAGCCGAGGUGUGAGGGAUUGACUUCUAAAGAAUCCAGUUACACAAAGAAGAAGCCCAGAAGAGGAAAGAAAAGGAUUCAGAAAUGGCUGUGCCUCAGAGCCCUUUGACAUUCAGGGAUGUGGCCAUUGAAUUCUCCAAGGAGGAGUGGACAUGCCUGAACCAUGCUCAGAGGACUUUAUACAGAGACGUGAUGUUGGAAAACUAUAGGAACCUGGUCUCCCUGGGUAUGUCUUCUAUAUGUGGGAUAAAUGUAUUGCCACAUAAAGAGAACAGUCGUACAGAAGAAAUAUCCCCCUCAGUGAUGGUGGAAAGGAAUGAAAAUGAUGACAUUGAAGACUUUUGCUUUAGGGAAAUCCUAGAGAAUGUACUUAACUUUGGAGGUCAGUGGAGAGAAAAUAAAAGCCAUUUCAGUGGAGUCCAUAUGACUCUGCUGAGAAAUCUCACUGGUAGGAGAGAUCACUAUGAUAGGAGGGAUACAGGAAACAAUGUUCCUCAAAUAAUGCAUGAGAAAGACAAACGAUUUAAAUCUGAUAUAUGUGCCAAGGUGUUCAAUAAAAAAUCAAGCCUCAGAAGUCAUCAGAGAGUCCAUGCUGUGAAGAAAGCCUACAAGUGUAUUCAAUGUGGCAAGGUCUUCAAUUACAUUUCACAGCUUAUACAGCAUCAGAGAAUCCACAGUGGAGAAAAACCUUACAAAUGUAAUGAAUGUGGAAAGGUAUUCCGUGAUAGUUCAAUCUUUGCACAGCAUCGGGCAAUACAUACUCAACAGAAACCUUCCAAAUGUAAUGAGUGUGGAAAGGUAUUCCAUUCUAGUGCAUCCCUUACACGGCAUCAGAGAAUUCACACUAGAGAGAAACCUUACCAAUGUAAUGAAUGUGGAAAAGUGUUCCGUGAAAGUUCAGCUCUUGCACAACAUCUGAGAAUUCACCCUAGAGAAAAACCUUACAAAUGUAAGGAAUGUGGCAAAAUGUUCACUUGUAAAUCAUCCCUAGAAAAGCACUGGAUGAUUCAUACUGGACAGAUACCUUAUAAAUGUAAUGAAUGUGGCAAAAUGUUCAUUCAGAAAUCAUCCCUAAGAAAGCACUGGGUGAUUCAUACUGGAGUGAAACCUUACAAAUGUAAUGAGUGUGGUAAAGUGUUCACUCAGAAAUCAGCCCUGCAAAUGCACUGCAUGAUUCAUACUGGAGAGAAACCUUACAAAUGCAAUGAAUGUGGAAAGCUAUUCCGUUGUAGAGCAGCCCUUACACGGCAUCAGAGAAUCCACACUGGAGAGAAACCUUACAAAUGUAAUGAAUGUGGAAUGUUAUUCCGUUAUAGUGAUGCCCUUGCACGGCAUGGGAGAAGUCACACUGGAGAGAAACCUUACAAAUGUAAUGAAUGUGGAAAGGUAUUCCAUAAAAGUUCAGCUGUUGCACAGCAUCUCAGAAUUCACCCUGGAGAAAAUCCUUACAAAUGUAACGAAUGUGGCAAAAUGUUCAGUGAUGAAACAUCCCUAGGAAAGCACUGGAUGAUUCAUAAUGGAGAGAAACCUUACAAAUGUAAUGAAUGUGGUCAAACGUUCACUCAGAAAUCAGCCCUGCAAAUGCACUGCAGGAUUCAUACUGGAGAGAAACCUUACAAAUGUAAUGAAUGUGGCAAAAUGUUCACUUAUAAAUCAUCCCUACGAACACACUGGAGGAUUCAUACGGGAGAGAAACCUUACAAAUGUAAUGAAUGUGGACAGGUAUUUAAUCGUAUUUCACACCUUUCACGACAUCAGAGAAUGCACACUGGAGAAAAACCUUACAAAUGUAAGGAAUGUGGGAAUAUGUUCACUCGUAAAUCAUCCCUGGCAUAUCACUGUAGGAUUCAUACUGGAGAGAAACCUUACAAAUGUAAGGUAUGUGGCAAAAUGUUCACUGGGAAACCAUCUCUAAAAAUGCACUGCAGUAUUCAUAGUAGAGAGAAACCUUACGAGUGUAAUGAGUGUGGCAAAAUGUUCGGUCAUAAAUCAUCCCUACGAAUGCACUGGAGGAUUCAUACUGGCAAGAAACCUUCCAAAAUGUAAUGAAUGUGGAAAGGUAUUUAAGUGUAGUUCACACCUUGCAAAACAUCAGAGAAUUCACACUGGAGAAAAACCUUAAAAAUGUAAUGAAUGUGCCAAAAUGUUCAGUAGCAAGUCAUCCCAAGGAAAGCACUGAAAGAUUCAUGCUGAGAGAAACUUUACAAAUGUGAUGAAUGUUACAAGAUCUACAGUCACAAUUCACACCUUGCACGACAUCUAAUAAUUCAUACUGGUGAGAAACCUUAUAAAUGUAAUAAAUGUGGGAAAGUGUUAAGUCACAAUUCACACUUUGCAAUGAAUCAUUGCAGAAUUCAUACUAGAGAGAAACCUUAUAGGUAUGAUGAAUAUGGCAGUCUUUAGUCAAAAUUCAUGUUGCCUUUAUCAUCAGAGAAUUCUUUUUUUGUUUUAA